UUUAUUGUAAUAUUCUUAGUUUCAAAAAUGUUUUAGUAGUAUAGUAUGCUAAUCGCUAUGUCGCUUAGAAUGUUAUAUGUCUUGGCUGUAUGUCCGGUGUUACUCGUGUCUGCGGUACUUACAUUGACCAUCGACUCACAACUUGGAACCUCUAUUGAAGAUUGUUUUGAGCGUAUUUCCAUUGGCGAGCAGUUACCGCGGGACGCCAUCUAUCGUAACAUCUCAGAACUAACAACAAAAGAAUGUGAGCAAAUCUGUAAGCAAGACAAGCAGUGCCAAUCUUAUGACUAUGGUGUCGGAGCAAAAGGUAAUGCUACGUGUAACCUGAGCACAUUAAGUGAAAAGGAAAUAAAAGACAAAAGUGUUCUCCGACGUCAUCCUGACUAUGACGUCUACGUUCGAAGAUUUCAAUGUGAACAGUCACCACCAACCCCAAUACAAGCUGAAUUUGAUGACCCUGACGGAUUAUUACACAGACCAACAUUCAAACCAGCCAGUGAUCCAAAAAAACCCCUAUCAGACGAAGUAUUAGAUGAUUUAGGGUCUUACAGUAAUAGUGAUACGAAUAAAAAACCAGCAUACAAUAAUGAAAGACCGGAUGAUUAUGAUAAUUCAAAACCAGACUACGAUAGUCCACCAAGUUAUGGUUUGCAUAAACCUCAAGAUGUUCCAUAUGCAACGGAGAAUCCGCAAAACAACAUGUCAAAUACAAGACCUGACCCUUAUGAUGUACUUCAAUUUCAAGACCAGUAUGGCCGACCACGACCUCAAGGAACCUGGAGACCAGAGGAAAUGUAUGGUCAUAGACCGGAUGAUUUCGGUCCAGACCCAUAUCGACCUGAAAUACCUCAAUAUCAAUACAUAAUUCGACCGAAUAGAAAACCAUAUAAUUCACCACGACCUGAGAAUGACGAUGGCUAUGGAAAUAAACCUGAUUACACCGGUAAGCCUGACUCUUAUGGACAGAAUAUUCCCCCCACCUCACUUGACAGACCUUAUAAACCAAACAAACUCGGUAACACCUACCCCUCAAGACCAAAUGAUAAACCAAAUUAUAGUUAUAACAGUCAAUACGCUAGCAAUUAUGGUAGCCAGUAUCAUGAUAAUUCUAUUUACUUAGAAAUAUAUGAUCCACCACGAACAUAUAAACCACCAAGUAAGCCGAAUAGACCAGGGUAUGGUACCAAUCAAGGAGACUAUGAAUAUGGACAUCUUGGAUAUGGUUAUGAUACAUUUUCGAGUCAAAACUCAUAUUCACAUUCACACAACAGUCAGUCGCAAUAUUACGGUUCAGGUAUAUUAAACCAAGGCAACAGUUAUCGACCUGAUCCAGAAUAUUCCCAUAAACCGACGAAGCCAUACGAAACACAAGAUAUUGGUUAUGGUUCUCAAUCUUCAAAUAACCAAAAUAGUGGCGGGUAUGGAUUACUAUCAACAUCAAAACCUAAACCUAAUAAAAGACCAAGUUAUGGUGGUUACGGUUCACAAGGAGCCACAGAUAGCUAUGGCUCUGGUUAUGGUUCUGGUGACAGCGGAUAUUACAGUAGCAGUCAGUCAUUUGUAGGCAGCGAGAAUUAUGAAAGCAGUAGCCAAAGCCAUUACGGAAGUAGUCACAUUCAAAAUGAAAAGCCUCAAAGCAAUAAUCACGGAUAUGGAGGUGAUAGUCAAAGUAAUCAGGCGUCUUAUGGUGGAAGUAGUCAGACAUCAAAUAAAAAACCUUAUGAGGGCCAAGGUUAUGGCAAUACUAAUCAAAACUAUGGCGCAGAUCAGACUUCAUAUGAUUUUAACAACAAUGGAUACGGUAGUGGUCAGUCAACAAAUAGGCCGUAUGGUGGUGGUCAAGGAUAUGGCAGUAGUCAAAGUCAUUAUGGGAGCAAUCACGGUUCAUAUGCAGAUAAAUAUGGCAGCCAUCAUGAAUAUGGAAGCAAUCACAAUAAACCAGGUUACGGUGAUGGAUUUUCCAAUGAUAAACCAUACUCGAGUAGCUCGGGAUAUGGAAGUGGUAGUCAUAGCAACCAAGAUGCAUAUGGUGAAACAGGUCAUUCGAGUAAUAGACCUUAUGGAGGCAGCGGGUAUGAUACGUCAAGUAGUAAUUACGGAUCCAGUAAACCUCAAGGCAGUAAUUCUGUAUAUGGAAAUAAAAACAAAAAACCCUCAGCAGUAACCUCUUAUGGAGAUGGAUAUGAAAGUUCUAGUGGAUACAAUAGCAAUCAUGCUUCCUAUGGGGGUACACAAUAUGAAAGUAGUCAAGGAUAUGGUGGUCAAAACUCUUAUGAUGCUAAUUCUAACUCCUACGGAGGGAGUCGUCCUAAUAAGCCUUAUGGCGGCAGUUCUUCUAGUAAGCCCUAUGGACCAAAUGAAGGAUACAAUGAUCGUCCUGGUUACGGUAAUAGUGGUUCCGGGUACGACUCAGCAGGCUACGGAGGUCAGUCACAAAGCUCAGGUUACAAUUCCCCUCCAUCACACAAACCUGGGAAACCUACAAGUAGCCAUUCUUACACCAGUCAACAUGACUCUCAGUAUCAAUCGCAAAGUUCAUAUGAAUCCAGUUCAAGCUACAACAGACCAAUAGAUGAUGGUAGCUAUCGCAAGUCUGGUAACCAAUCAAGUUAUAGCCCUGGUUAUGAUCGCGAUAGACCUGAUGUGAAACCGGUUUAUGAAUAUGAGAUAGAUCGACCAGGUGAAGCGUCAAGUUACGGCAAACCUAAUGGGAAUGUUAUCACUACAAGACCAGUGGCUGUUGGUGAUUACGCAGUCAAACCGUAUGGACGAGAUCCUGGCGGAGAAAUAUCUUAUAAAGCAUGUUUCCGCCGGGUUCUGGCGGGAAAACGGACGUUAAGGAGUCACGUCAGACGCGUGGUGAAUUGCGAAAGGUUGGAGGACUGUCAACGAGAAUGCGCCAUCGAGAGGCGUUUCCACUGCGAAAGCUUUAACUAUAGGUUGGAUCCAGCUUUCCGGGGCAAAGGUCUUUGCGAAUUAAUGACAAAACCGAUUGAAGCCUUCGACCUUCAACGAGACUUCGUUGAAGACAAAGAUUAUGAUUUCUACGAACUAGACCGGAAUAGUUUAGAGCCUAACUGUCCAGAUACACUCAGAGGACCAGGUCUAUUACAUUCGGGUUUUUUAUCCAAUAAAAGGCCUGGCCAGGAUAUUGAUAGAUGGAAAGAUAGAGUAGACUGGUACGAUCGUAGUUCUCAAAGUGAAUAUGAAAGACAUUACAACGAAAGGAGAAGAGUUGUUAAUUCUAAUAGAAGAUAUCAAAACGAGGUUUUUGUACCUUAUCAAAUAGGAGUAAGUCGCAGUGAUGAAGAUAACGAAAGUGGAAGGCAAUAUGGCGGAGCCUACGGUGGUCACAAUUACUAUAAAGAUAAAACCGAUUAUCGAAAAUCAUUCAACCACUGGCAAAUAUCAGACGAAGCUCACAGAUCUAAUUAUUACGGCGUCAAAUCUCAUAACGUAAAUUCAGAUUUCAAUUAUAACAAUUUAUGGAAAAACAUCGGUUGGGACAAUUACGGCUACGGACAUGGCGCGUGGAAGAGAGGAAGAUGGAAUAAUUCAUGGAAUGGUUAUGAUUACGGAGAAUCGGGUCACUACAAACUUAAUAAACCUCCUGUUUAUUACGAGUUGGAUAGAAUGGAUGGACCACCAGCUAAAGAUUGCUCGUCGCGUCGUCGUCCUGGCAUGUCGCUCGGAUCAGGCGCCAUUAGACGAUCUCUGUUCGCUCGUAACGUGGUCGAAUGUGAAGCCGCUUGUUUUGGAGAAAAGGAAUUUAAAUGUGUUUCCUACAGUUAUAGAUAUUCAAGCGGCCGUGGUUCUGAUAAUUGUUUCCUAAGCGAGCGACCUUAUCGAGGACUGGACAUGUCUGCUGAUAGCGACUCAGAUGUAUAUGCUAUGCCGCAAGACCAGGGCUGUGCCACUAUCAGCAGGACGCCUUGGGUGGAGAGCGAGUGUUUCUGGCAUGUGCGAUCUGAGUCUGCAGUAGCCGGUAGCGCGGCCCGCGCCUUGCUCACUGUCACGGGGUUAGGCGCCUGCGAAGCGGAAUGUAUUCGUGCGCAUGCCUUCUUUUGCAGAGGUUUUAGCUUCAGAUUCGAUUCCCCAAAGAUAGGUGAUGACUUGGAGAAUUGCAUUCUGACGUCAUCCCCGCCUACGUCACUAGAGAUUGGUCAUGGACUCCGUACUACGCCGGGACAUGAACUGUACGCGAGAGGGAACUACGGUCGCGGCUGCGAGCCAGCUUUGUACGAUGAUGUGCAGCAUAAAGAUACUGAGUGUUUCUUAAAGUAUGACAACGCUGCCAAGCUAAAGGGUACUGCGGUGCGCGGGCUGGCGAGAGUGAAAGACGAACUGGAAUGUGGCCGGGCCUGCACCGACGCUCCAUUCACAUGCCUCAGCUUUUCUUUUACUAAUAAAGCGCCUCAAGGGAGAGACAAUUGUCUUCUAUCAGAAAUCCGUCUGUUCGAUUUACAACGUGGUGUGGAUUAUGAGCCUUCGACUGAUGACUGGCUGUUUGCUUUCGACCUGUUUAACGGUCGCUGCUGGAGGAAGGUGCACGGAAAACAAGAGUACGAUACUCCGAGUUACGAAUUGCCACACCCGAUCCCUCCAGCAGAAUACCCAUCGUCUGUUCCAACCGGGGAUGAUCAUUCAGGACCAUCAGGCCCGUCAUAUCAUUCAUCGUCAGGACCAAGUGGGCCCGAUUUUAAGCCCGGAUAUCCAACAGGACCGGAACCACCAAUUAAUAAACCAGGUUAUUCCGCGCCGUCUGGCCCUGGACAUAAGCCGAGCUACUCUCCAGGAUACGUGCCUGAUACCGCUCCAUCGGGACCAAGUGGACCCGACUACAAACCAUAUAUACCUUCUAGCCCCGGUUAUAUAGAACCUAAUGCUCCCACAUUCAAACCUGCUUAUCCACCUCCUACUUAUAAGCCUGUAAUACCUUUGCCGCCUCGCAAACCAUUACCUACACCACCUAGUGGUCCCGAUUACAGACCGGGUUAUGCACCAUCACCUCCUAGCGGGCCUGGAUACAAACCCAGUUAUCCUCCGAUUGAAUCGAAUAGACCAUUUCCGCCAUUGCCACCAAAACCGGAACAUCGACCGAGUAGUAGACCAGGAUAUGAAGGUGACCGGGAGGAGAGUGGAGGAUUGCUCAUGUCGUGGCGACAAUACACUGUGUCAGGGUUUCCGUGUCGUAGAGGCACAACCUGCGCACAGAAUCACGUCGCCGGCCAUUGGGCUUGCGAACCCGAGGGUGGAGAAAUUGGAUCAUGGGACUACUGCUGCGCUCCAACCCAUCGCUGCGGGUACAGUGAGGGAUUCCAGAAACCAUGGUGCUACGUGGGCCCUACACAUGAGCAAUGGCGUCCGUGCAGUGAGAAAUACUAUCCUUAUUUCAAACACAAAGUUCCCCAUCCCUCACAAGGACAAAGAGAACCUAGUCCAUCGCAAGUUUCGGGACAAUGGCGUGACAGAUCUGGUAAUAUAGCUCAGGGCGGUGAAAGACCCGGGUCUUAUCUAGCGGAUGCCGAUAGAACUUAUUGGGAUGACCUGUAUAAGAACGGCCCGAGGGCUUAUUACGAUAAGCAUGGAAAUCCAUUACCAGGUUACACCCGUGUGGCAACAGAGGAAAGGCCAAGAAUAAAAUACCACCAUAACCAACCUCAACCAGGCAGUGGAACUUGGGUGCCCGUCCCAGAUUUAGGUGGUUUUGACAACCAUAUAGUCCCUGAGCCACUUGGAGCGCCUAGAUAUUGGCCUGUUGCGUAUCUCCAUAAAGGACCGCCUCCAAAUAUGACGUAUUUCCGAUAUAAUGAAACUGAUCGUACCGCCUAUGAUAGACCUCAGUCUCGAGAAAGUGAUGAUGGUAUAGCUUUACCAACGGAACGUUCAAUAAACGAGUAUAAAAGAGUAGACAUCAGACCCAAAGCCAAUGAUAUAGAAGGCAGAAAAAUAAGAGACGGACCAACAGAUAACCAAACAGAUGUUGACGAAAAUAUUUUGAAAAUCGACAAUGAUACCAAAACUACAACAAGUACAACAACUACUACAUCAACCACAACAACUACGACAACCACAACAACUCCUAAGAGUAAUUCUUACAAAUCAAAUAACGAUAGUGAGGUUAUCAACAAUAUAACAGAUCCUAAUACAACAGAGAUUCAAAUAAGUAAACCAGAUAAUGUGGAUACAAAUGAAGAACUUGAAAACAUUAAAGGCAUAGAUGGCAAAUUAGAAGAUUUCUCUAAAUCAAUAGAAGUAUUUGAAUUAGAAGACAGAAGUAAAUGUGAUAAAGAAACUGAUUUCAAAACUUUAGAAGCAGAAGAAAGACAGAUUGAAGCAAUCGGUAGACUUGUAGCUUCAAGACGUGGUGGAAAGCUAAUCCUUGAAAAAAGAUCGCAAAAAGAUUUGGAAAGCAAAAACAUCGCUGUCGAUAAAGACUUGUUAGAAUUUAACUUCGGAAAUAAGUUUCCAACGACCGAAAGGCGCGGUAUUAUACAAAGAGUAAGUAAAGAUGAAAUAGACAAGGAAAGAUUUUCCAAUGACAAAAGCUUAGAAGUAAGUGAAACAACUUUUGUAAGACCACCUAGGAUUCUUAGUACAACUGAAAACAUACGCAAAGCUAUUGUAAAUGGAAAAGUAUUUUACGAUGCAACAAUAAGGGAACAAAGAGAUUUAGUAACUAAUGCGACAAGAAAAGCUAAGAGCCUCAAAUUGGAUGAAGCGAGAGGUCCAUCAGUUACAUCUAGUAAUUUAAAUACCAAACGAAAAACAAUACAACCAAGAAAUGUUAAUCCAAUAAGAAAAGUAAGGAGAGUAUUUAGGAAGAGAUAUAACCCAGAAGAAGUUAGAAAACGAUUAUUAGAAAGAGAAAAAAACAAAUCUUUAGAUAACAAACCAAAAGUAGAAGAAAAUUAGUAAAUUAUUUCCAUUGCUGUUAAGUUAAAGUAAUUUCCUGUAUCUUUUUCGAUCGAGGUUACCAAUUAUAUAAGAAUAUAUAAUAUAGAUAUAUGUUUGAAUAAAAUGAAAGCGAAUAAAUUCGUUAAAUUUUAUAACGUUAGAUUGAUAUUGAAAUUGUAUUUUUAGGAGGAAUAAAUCCAGGGAAUAUUAGAUUUUAUGAUGUGUAUGGUGCUUAUUAAAUUGUCAAUUUGACCUCAAAUGUAUACUUAAUGUAACUUUUGAGUUGAACUGACGAUGCUUUUAUAUUUAAGGUAUUCUUAAAAUUUAAUUUUUAUACUUUUUAGUACUAUAAGUACUGCCUAUAAUUCUUUAAAUGUAUUUGUAGGAAAAAUUUAGUUUCCUUUUUUAUUACUACGAUAUAUGUUUUCAAGUAAUAUAAAAUUAAAUCAUACAUUUGCACUUUGUUGUAUUGAAUAAAUUGAGAUACAGUCCAAAUUUAAUAAAGAAUAACUU